AUGCCUGAGAAGUGGAGUCACCAAGGACCUUCGCAUCCCCGUACCCGAACCCGAUCACGCUCCUCAAGGGCCCAGCUGCAGUUCCCCGUGAGCCGCGUGGACCGCUUUCUGCGCCAGGGCCACUAUGCCCAGAGACUGGCCUCGGGUGCCCCUGUUUUCCUGGCUGCAGUGUUAGAGUACCUGACUGCUGAGAUCCUGGAGCUGGCAGGCAAUGCUGCCCGUGACAAUCAGAAGAGCCGCAUCGCUCCCCGCCAUGUGCAGCUGGCGGUGCGCAAUGAUGCUGAGCUCAACCAGCUCUUUGGCCAUGUCACCAUCUCUCAGGGCGGAGUCUUGCCUCGCAUCCACUCAGAGCUGCUGCAGCCAACAAGCAGGGCCCGAAGCACCCAGAGCCAUGUUGGACAUCCCCAUACCCACUGGUGA